AUGGAUGGGGCUGGUGAGUGGAGGAGGGAGGUUCUGUUCCCUGCAGAGGAUCCCAUCAGGAGGCUGCUCCAGCCCUAUGGCUGGCCUCUUCUGCACUCUCCAGAGACGUCCAGGAGGAAGUUACUCCAGACGCCAGGAGCUGCAGUUCCCUUCUCUCCUCUCAAGGUGGUGUCCAAUGGGAAGCCGUGUAUCCUGUUCCGAUCCAGGAAGUUAGCGAUCCGCUACCAGAACAGCAGCCUGGUGGAUCUGACGGAACGAACCUUCUCUGCAGAAAACCCUGUGGACACCAAGGGCUCUGUCUGCACCAAGGACAAGGCAACGUUGGUCAUGAAGUUUGGAGAUGUGGAGGAUCUGAGAGGCCUCUCCAUAAGGAUCCAGAUGUCCAGUACGUUUUAUGAAUCAGCGGGUCAGACGUGGUUCUCCGUGGACAGCGUCUCCCUCCACUACAACUGGUCUCAGGAGGCUCGUUUUAACGUCACGGAGGUUUACGCUCCGUCCACCUCCUCCUACCACUGCCAGCACGUCUCCAGCCUGCAGCGCUACGACACGCUGCUGCUGCCGAGCUCCGCCUCCGAUAACGCCCGUCACUGGCACGUCACCUUUACCGACUUCCAGAUUCAGGCGUUUAACGUGGCGUCCGGUAAGUUUGCUCCGGCCAGUGACUGUGCGACGUUCUUCACGCCGGCCAUCCUGAUGGGUCUGAUCACGUCGCUCAUCCUGCUGCUGGUCCUGGCCUACGCCCUGCACAUGGUCAUCCACCUCAAACACAUCGACCACUACGACGAACACAAGACCACCGUGUACUUCCCCCGCAGCCCCGAGCAGGCCGAGCCCUGCUCAGUGGCCAACGUUACGGAGAAAAACACUUUGUGA